UCCUUCAGUACUCGUGUGCUGCCAGAAAGGAAAGAUUCAAGAUGAAAUUCAUCCUGCUUGCUGCCUGCGUCCUUGGGAUGGCUUUCUGUGCCCCUCAGCAGAUGUUCAUGGAGUUUGACAUCCAUCACGCUCCGGCUCAGGCAGCCCAGGCUAUUCCUGCUGGAGCCGCGAUGGAAUCUCUGGACGUUCUGCUGCCGGUUGAUGCCCAGAGACAGCCUGUUGCAGGACCUGUCCAGGGCUUCAUCAAGCAGGAGAUUCUCCAGCCAAACGGUAGAGACACCAAGGACGUGUUCUACCCCUUUGGUUUUGACCUGUCAAAUCCUGUCAUCAUUGCUCCUGCUGCUCCUGCUGCCCCUGCUGAUCCUGUUGUUGCUGCAGCUCCAGCAGCUCCAGAAGCUCCAGCAGCUCCAGCAGCUCCGGCUGCCCCUGCCGCCCCUGCCGCCCCUGCUGCCAAACCCAGCGGAGAUGAUGACGAUGACGACGACUAAACAAAUCAGAGUCAGCAGGACGUGCACACGUUUGUGCACACACAGGUGACCAGACGCCAGUGAGAGAUGACCAGCCAGCACUGCUGUUUCCUUAACUAUGAAAAAUAUGGUGCUAAGCUUUUGAAAAGAAAAUGGUGCUCUACAAUUUCAAGGGGAAAAAAGUUGCUCUACAGACGGUCCUUUGCUUUUCUAUGAAAGAAUGAGGAGAAAGUGCUAAGUCUCGCAAUAAAAAAUGGUGCUGUGCGAUGAAUUAUGAGUGUGCUUUGAUUCACUGCACGUUGUUGUUUCCUCAAUCAAAUUUGCUUUAA